AUGCACUUUGGCCUUCCCUCAUCGGCUACGCACUGCGAGGGUUGGUACGUACAGAAACCAAAGGGCAUUUUUUCAAACCGUAUUGCAUACAUAACAUACACGCUCGUCGCCAACCAUACUAUAUCGCAUCGCGGCCGGAUAGAUGGUAACUUUUCGGCGCCAAAAGUUGGGGUCGGGAAUGCUACUACUCUACCUACCAAACCCGGUUACGGGGGUUACGGGGGAGAGGAGUGGAAAAGUUUCACCAAUGAGGGCCGAAAAAAUGCAGCCCGUCUGACAUACAUACAUGUAGAUGUCUCAUUUUCUCAGGAGGGUUUCGACAGGCGCAAGAUGUAUAAUCCGAGAUGA